AUGCGCGUUAGGCUUGAAGAUUACCCGUUCUUACUCGGCUUGCAGCGUAUCGACGGAGCUCUGGUCUGUGCGGCUGUUCUAAUAUCUAGCCGGUAUUCGAUGACAGCUGGUAAAUGCGUAGCGAAGCCAGGCGACUUGUUUCUUCCUGCUCCGAGCGGAUUUCGUUUGAUCGGCGGGAUCAGCAGAACCGACAGGCACGGUGUGAGCGAAAAUUUCGAAGUCCGCGUCCCCGAAAUGUUUUACGUCCAUCCCAACUUUUCACAGGGGCUUUUCACCUACGGGAUCUACCACAACGACAUUAUCGUCAUCGAAGUUAAAAAGCCUUUUCAAACAUCCCUCUUGAAGCCCGUAUCACGGUAUUUACCCGCUGGCAAUCCGAAUAGUAUGAUGUUCGCCGUCGAAUUACAAAAAGCUAUGAGAUACCUGUGCAUGGUCGUCGGUUGGCAAAAGGACUCGGUGUUCUCAAAAUACGAGUCGAUGAAGCUCGUCGGCCACGUGGUAACACUUAUUAAAAACACCGACUGUCUCGACUCAUUCUGCAAAUCUGGAAGCGAAUUGUGCAACGAGAAUCUGAAGAGUGAAGAAAGCCUGAUAUGCGGAUUGGCUGGUAGCAAAGCGGCUUCGUGCAACAUCGACUCAGCUGGGGUGUUGAUCUGCGAAGGGUCCUUCACAGGUUUUCUCUCCUGGAAGCCUAAAUGCGGCUUCUCACGCACCAAAGUGCCAAAUAUCUUCAACGCUUUUUGGCCUUCUGUGGACUUCUUUAAAAACUUCACGACCAACAUGGCGACCGUUCCGACACCAAGGUUUAAGUCGGGACUGCUUGCAGCCACUCCGAACGUGGAAAUGAAGCCAGAUGCAAGUAGUCACCAACGACCCUAG